AUGGCUGACGACGGCUACGACGACAUCGCUGCUGCCACCACCGCCGACGGCAUGGUGCUUAGCUUGCAGGAAAUCAAAAACGAGAACGUCGACCUUGACCGUAUUCCAGUUUCGGAAGUGUUUCAACAAUUGCAAUGCACGAAAGAGGGUCUGUCUACCGAGGAAGGCCAGAAGAGGCUUCAAAUUUUCGGUCCAAACAAGCUAGAAGAGAAAAGGGAGAGCAAGCUUUUGAAAUUCUUGGGUUUUAUGUGGAACCCACUCUCAUGGGUCAUGGAGGGUGCUGCUAUCGUGGCCAUUGUCUUGGCAAACGGAGAGGGCAAGCCACCAGACUGGCAAGACUUUUUGGGUAUUGUGGUAUUGCUUCUCAUGAACUCAACUAUAAGUUUCUAUGAAGAAAAUAGUGCAGGCAAUGCUGCGGCUGCUCUUAUGGCAGGUCUUGCCCUGAAGACCAAGGUUUUGAGAGAUGGAAGGUGGAUUGAGCAAGAGGCUGCUGUCUUGGUCCCAGGAGAUGUGAUCAGUAUCAAGCUGGGAGACAUUAUACCGGCAGAUGCUCGUCUACUGGAGGGUGAUCCGCUUAAGAUUGAUCAGUCUGCUCUCACUGGUGAGUCUUUGCCAGUUACAAAGAAGCCAGGCGAUGAAGUAUUCUCUGGGUCUACCUGCAAGCAUGGUGAGAUUGAAGCUGUUGUGAUUGCCACUGGGGUGCACUCCUUUUUUGGCAAAGCUGCUCAUCUCGUAGAUAGCACCAAUAAAGUGGGGCAUUUCCAAAAGGUACUGAGCUAA